GGCCUUCCCCAGCCUCGCUCUGCUCCUCCGUGGCCCGCGCCUCCAGGAAACCCGGGUCAGAAUUCGAGUCUGGGUGGGAAGCAGACGUGGAACCGGAGAGACGCAGUUACGGUGGAGGAAGAUACCAGAGAGCUUAAACCGGGAGAACGGGCGCAGGGUCCUGGGGUGGAGCCCAUUUUGCCCCGCAGGCCCCGCGCUCCGCCCAGUCGGGCGCCCCCCUGAGCCCAGGAGCCGGGCGUCCUCUUGGAGGGGGCGCAGGGUCCCCCCUGGCACCGAGCUCCUCGCCCAGGGCCACUUGCUCCAUCAGCAGUGUCAAGGAAGGGUGUCCGGUGGAGGACAGGGAUCUGCGGCCAUGGCCGAGGCCGCGGAGCUGGAGGGCGCCCCCCCAGGUCCCCAGGGGCCGCCUGAGGCCCCGCCGCCUCUGGCGGAGAAACCUGGAGAGCUGGGGACCGCGGGCCGGGAGGCGGAGCGGGAGGAGGCCAGCCAGGGCGCCGCGGAGGCGCCGAGGGGCGAGGGGGCGGGCGCAGCCGCGACGGCCGCGGUGAACCCGGCAGAAGGCGCGGAUCCGGACGGAGGGCGCGCGGACGAGCCGGAACCGGGCGUGGACAGUGGCCCGGGGGUUGCGACGCAAGGCGCGAGGGCAGGGCAGGGCGAGGCGGAGGCCGAGGAGGGCGCCCCGGGGUGCGCCGAGGUCCCCCAGGGAGACGAGGCGAGGGGCGCCGAGCAGGUGGAGGAGGCGAGCCCCGACCGCGGCGUGCAGGUCGAGGCCUCGAGGGAGGUUCAGGGGGAGCCCGGGGAGGCCGAGGCCCCCGGGGCGAAGGAGAAAGCGGAGCAAGGGCCGGAGGAACCGGGAGGCGGCCCGUUGGGGGCCCAGGGGGCCAGCAUGGAAGCUGCGGGGCCGGUGGGAGAGGCGCAGGGGGCCGAGGGUGAACCCUGGGACGGAGCGGACCUCAGCCCCCAGCCCCAGGCCGAGGCCACGGAGGCCGCAGCGGCGGAGAUUGGGGGGUGCGGCCCCGGGGAGCCGGCAGGGGAGCCCGACGAGGCGGGGGCCCCGGGGACAGAGGAGUCGGAGGACGUGGACCCCGGGGACGCGAGGGCGGAAGCUGUGGAGGACGGGGACAAGGGUGGGCCCCAGGAGGAGCUGAAGGAGGCAGAGGAGGAGAGGCGAGAGCGCGGCGCGGAGGGGCCAGGUGAGCAGGCGGCAGCGGGGGGCGAGGAGGAGCCCCCAGAGAGCAGCGCGCCCGCAGAGGCGGCCGCGCCCUCCGGGGCCGCGGAGCCCGAGGCCAAGCUCGGCAACCACCUGGCGGAGGAGGGCAGAGUGGAAGGCGGGGACGAGACCGCGCGGGUGAACGGCCGCGGGGAGGACGGAGAGGCGUCGGAGGACGGGGCCCCGCGGCAGGAGCACGACAUCACCCUCUUCGUGAAGGCUGGUUAUGAUGGUGAGAGUAUUGGGAAUUGCCCGUUUUCCCAGCGCCUCUUUAUGAUUCUCUGGCUGAAGGGCGUUAUAUUUAACGUGACAACAGUGGACCUGAAGAGGAAACCCGCGGACCUACAAAAUCUGGCUCCUGGAACAAACCCUCCCUUUAUGACUUUUGAUGGCGAAGUCAAGACGGAUGUGAAUAAGAUCGAGGAGUUCUUAGAGGAGAAAUUAGCUCCCCCGAGGUACCCGAAGCUGGGGACCCAGCACCCUGAAUCUAACUCUGCGGGAAAUGAUGUGUUUGCCAAAUUCUCCGCAUUUAUUAAAAACACCAAGAAGGAUACGAACGAGAUUUAUGAAAAGAACCUGUUGAAGGCCCUGAAGAAGCUGGAUAAUUACUUAAAUAGCCCUCUGCCUGACGAAAUCGAUGCCUACAGCACCGAGGACAUCACUGUUUCUGGAAGGAAGUUCCUGGAUGGGGACGAGCUCACGUUAGCCGACUGUAACCUUUUACCCAAGCUCCACAUUAUAAAGGAUACCGACUUGAAAUCCAAGCCUUGCAGAUGCGUCUGAGCCCUCAAGCAAAUGUUGUUUUCAAUAGCUUUGCCAGUUCCCCAACAUCUAAAAUGUAAUGAAAGCAUCUUAACUCAUCAAAACCUCCUAUGUUUGGGAGCCGUUUUCCAAGAAGACAUUUACAUACUUGUGUGUGGUUUGGUCCCUUGGGUGGAUGUGUUGUCAUCAUCGCCAUGACAAGUGAAGCAUCACAGAGGUACAUGGAGGUUGGGGAAGAGCAGGUGAAAUACCCCAGCCGUACACCAUCGAUUUCUACUUGUUUAGCUCCUAUAAGGAAAGAGUUUUUUAAAAUUUAAGUAGAUGGAGUAAACUUCAGAGCAGAGUAAAGCAGUCCCUGGCUCCAGUGUAAGACCUGAGAGCACAUUCUUCAAAGCCACUGAGCAUUCAAAAUACCAAACAGCUUCAUGAUCCUUUAGGGUGGAGAGCCUUCGGAAGGGAACUGAGAUUCAGUCUAAAGGAAUUUAUGAUAAAAGAUGAGAGAGUAAAGGAAUUUAUAAUCUAUUCUCCUUCCUGAAACCCAGCAAAAACAAUAUGAAAAAAUAGAGUAAAGCUUCAUCUUUCAUAAAACCAGAAAAGGACAGUGUAUCAAUUCAAAGACUAAGGAACUUUGUCCAGGGUCAGGGGUCACAGAGCCAAUGCAUGCUUCCCUGUAUCUUUAGCAAAGUUCAGAUUUCUCUUAAAGUAGAUAGCACAGUCCUAAAACGGCCAACCCAAACUUCUUGGAGGACUAGGGCCGUGAGAGGAGAAGCAGGGAACCGCCUCACAUGGAUCACUUUCAAGCUGAGGUCUCUGGAGACGGAGAGUUGAAGGAGGAACCAAACAGAGGCGCCAUCUUUGUAUUCUGCCGCCUGUCCACUAAAUAUGAAGGAACAGGGAGGCGAGUUGGAGAGAAGGGAUGUGGCAUUCUGCUUUGUGGUUGCUGAGUAGAGAAAAGAAACCAUCUUUGAACCAGUCGAGAGAGACUGUAAAUUGCUUGAGCUUCAUUUGUAGCCCUGGUGACCUCCUGCCUAAUCUGUGAGCUUCAGAGUGGAGGAUGCUCUAACCCUAACCUUGACUCUGACCCUGACCUUAAUCCUGCUGUGUCUGUGGGGCAGAGUGUAGAGCAGCGUUUGAUGAGUGUAUGAGGAUAAACAUCCAAAUUGGUCUCCCAGCUGCCGGGCCUCACUCCUUUAGCCCUCCACACUACUUUUAAGAAGUGGUAAGUCCAACAGAUCUGUCUCAUUAAAAGAUGGUUAAUAACCAGGAAGAAUCUAAGUGGGACCUCUAUGUGGAUAGAGGUGAUCAAGAAGGAGAGGGGAAGAAAAGGGAAAGAGAAGGAUCUGAAGAGGAAAAGGUAAAUGAGAAACACAUAUCUGAUGAGGAAUUGCUCCAGUAAAUGAACAUACAUUCUAGUCCGAUUCUUCUCUACGGCCUCCAAGAUAUGAACGAGAACAAGGAACUUUUGAGAAAAAGCUCACAUACAGGAACAAGAUAUCAAAAAAAUAUAUAAUAUUACAAGGAAGAUGAAAAUCAGGUUGGCAGAACUCAAGGCAAAAACUGAGAGACAAAUAAAAUAAUUUCAGAAAUGAAAGUUACAUUACAAAUAACAAGGCCUAGGAAAAAACACUGCAGAAAUUCAUCAGGGACCUAGAGGACAGGCCUGAGAGCAUCAUCCAAAAUCAAAUGGAGAAGCAGCAAGGGAUAAAAGUGAUUAGAGAUUUCCUUGAUGUACAUAAUUAGGAACCAGAGAGCAGGAGAGGAAAAAGAAAAGAGAGGAAGGAGGGAAAAUUAUUUUGAACUCAAGGAUGAUCUGAACUUUCAGUUUAAACAACAUGCCAUGAUUGGAAAAGUCAGAUUGGAAAUAGUCCAAAAUAUUCAACACACUACCACACACUUGAUAAAUUACUGAACUUUGAGGAUCAAAAGAACACUUCGGGUGUUCAGACAGUAAGAGUAAUAAUAACAAUAACAACAACAACAACAAUAAUGAUAUAAUAAAUACUAAAACCACCUACAGAGGGAAGAAAUUCAGACUGGCCUCAUACGUACCACGACCACAUUAAAACCCAGAAAACAGCGGCGCUGGGGUGGCUCAGUUGGUUAAGUGCCCAACUCUUGAUUUUGGCUCAGGCCACGGUCUCAUCGGUCAUGGGAUCGAGCCCUGCAUCGGGCUGUGUGCCCA